AUGCCAACUGAAAUAAAUUUUGCUUAUAAUUAGGGGCGGAUCUGUGUAUUUAAUUUUUGCUUUGUGGUGGUGUUAGUGAUACAAUCAUGUGGACCUGAGAAGACAAAAAAUCAUGAACCUCAUAACUCCUGGGAACAGAGAGAAGAAAGCAAGAACGGUGUUCAGAAGAAAAAUGAAAAACCGCCCGCCCGAUUAG